CCGGGACAGUCACUUACUCUCCAGGCAGUGGGGCCCGACACAGACCGCGCCGCCCCUGCCAGCCCGCCUCGCAGGCCCUCGGAAGCGCAGGCUCCCGGCGCUGCGCUGGAGGGCUCCCCGGCACCCCAGCCUCCCGUCCCCAGCCCGCUGCACCUCCAGGCCCCCCUUACCCUUGAGAGGCACCGGGAGUUGUCGCGGGGGGGCCUCGGGAAAUUCCCCGGACCCCUGUGCCAGGAGGUGCCCGGUUCGCCCGCUCUUCACCCCCCGCCCCCCCCGAGGGCGGUGCCCGGGGGUGCUGCCCCAUGGAGCGGGGAGGCGGGCGCCGUCUGCUCCGGGAGCCCUGACCCGAGUCGGAGUUGUGUGUCGCAGCCGCCCCGACCCCCCGCCGAUCAUGCGCCGGCGCCCCUGGCUCUCCAGUCCCACCGGGCUGUGAGCCCCCCAUUCCCAGCCCGUCAGGGCCUGCGCGCCAUGGGCAGCGCCCACCCUCGCCCCUGGCUUCGGCUCCGACCCCAGCCCCAGCCGCGGCCAGCGCUCUGGGUGCUCCUGUUCUUCCUACUGCUGCUGGCUGCUGCCAUGCCCAGGUCAGCACCCAAUGACAUUCUGGACCUCCGCCUCCCCCCGGAGCCUGUGCUCAAUGCCAACACAGUGUGCCUAACAUUGCCAGGCCUGAGCCGGCGGCAGAUGGAGGUGUGUGUGCGUCACCCUGAUGUGGCUGCCUCAGCCAUACAGGGCAUCCAGAUCGCUAUCCACGAAUGCCAACACCAAUUCAGGGACCAGCGCUGGAACUGCUCAAGCCUGGAGACUCGCAACAAGAUCCCCUAUGAAAGUCCCAUCUUCAGCAGAGGUUUCCGAGAGAGCGCUUUUGCCUACGCCAUCGCGGCAGCUGGUGUUGUACACGCCGUGUCCAAUGCGUGUGCCCUGGGCAAACUAAAGGCCUGUGGCUGCGACGCGUCCCGGCGAGGGGAUGAGGAGGCCUUCCGUAGGAAGCUGCACCGCCUACAACUGGACGCACUGCAGCGUGGUAAGGGCCUGAGCCAUGGGGUCCCGGAACACCCAGCCCUGCCCACAGCCAGCCCAGGCCUGCAGGACUCCUGGGAGUGGGGCGGCUGCAGCCCCGACAUGGGCUUUGGGGAGCGCUUCUCUAAGGACUUUCUGGACUCCCGGGAGCCUCACAGAGACAUCCACGCAAGAAUGAGGCUUCACAACAACCGAGUUGGGAGGCAGGCAGUGAUGGAGAACAUGCGGCGGAAGUGCAAGUGCCACGGCACGUCAGGCAGCUGCCAGCUUAAGACGUGCUGGCAGGUGACGCCCGAGUUCCGCACCGUGGGGGCGCUGCUGCGCAGCCGCUUCCACCGCGCCACGCUCAUCCGGCCGCACAACCGCAACGGCGGCCAGCUGGAGCCGGGCCCAGCGGGGGCACCCUCGCCGGCUCCCGGCGCUCCCGGGCCACGCCGCCGGGCCAGCCCCGCCGACCUGGUCUACUUCGAAAAGUCACCCGACUUCUGCGAGCGCGAGCCGCGCUUGGACUCGGCGGGCACCGUGGGCCGCCUGUGCAACAAGAGCAGCGCGGGCUCGGAUGGCUGCGGCAGCAUGUGCUGCGGCCGCGGCCACAACAUCCUGCGCCAGACGCGCAGCGAGCGCUGCCACUGCCGCUUCCACUGGUGCUGCUUCGUGGUCUGCGAAGAGUGCCGCAUCACCGAGUGGGUCAGCGUCUGCAAGUGAGCGGCCCGGGGUCCCCUGGGCCCUGAACGAGGUCCCCUCCUGGAGUCUGGCCCUCUGAGGCAAGGCAGUAUCGCCUUGGCUCUUGGGAGAGGAGAUUGGACCACAUGAUCUUACAGGAACCUCUCAGCUCUGAGGUCUGUGAUCGCUGGACAGUCCAGGCCUGUCUGAACCCCACCACUCACUUCUGUGGGCUCUAGGACUUACUGGGUUCUUCCUGCUUCCCCCAAGCCCAGACAGUUCAGUUGGGCUGGGGUUUGCCCCAUACACUAAAACAAGCGUCAGCCAGGCAACCCCUCAGUCUGUCUCCAUCCUUUCACCCCUUCCCUGGAGAUGGGAGGUAGGGAAUGAAUAGAAGCUGAUGGGCAGAGAGAGGAGGAUUAAAAAAAAGAAAUAGACAUAACUGAGCUGAAGUAAUUCCAUAAACGGCCCAGACACCCUCCCCCACCAUUCCCCUCAUCAUUCAUUUAACAAAUAUUUAUUUUGCACUCUCUUUGCGGCACUCUGGGGGGCGUGGGGGUGGCAAUGUGAGGCACUGGGGCCACAGAUGUAAGUGAGACACAGCACUUGUCCUCUUGGAGGUUACAUUCUUGCUGGGGGAAGGCAUGGGCAAUAAACAAGUAAAUAUACAAACAA